AUGAAGUUCCCCUCGCCGUCCCGAGCCGUGGACUUGCUCUUGAACAAACUUCGGUUUCGUGACUUUUCCGGCAAUCGGAGCCCAGUAUUUCAUGAGAAUCGAAAGGAAUGGCUAGCCAACGUCACUCGAGAGUCAAUACUUAGAGAAUACACGGAAUAUGUACUUCACGGGAAACCUGGGAUAGGAGGUGUGUUUGAAAAUGCAGAACGGCGGGUGUUGAAGAAGAUUUUUGCUACUUACGCUAAUUCGGAUAACCGCUGGGACCGGCAAUCACUUGAGUCUUUCUUGAUAACGCGAAUUCCCCAGGAUGAGAAUCAUGUAGACCUCCUCAGGAAAUGCGCAGACUUCUGUUGGACACUUGCCAUUUACUUGGCACAAUGGCCCUUCAACACAACAUCAACAUCCCCUCCAAUCAGUCUCACAUUUUCAUCCUUUGCCCGCGCCAUGGCUUUUCUUAGCGGAGGGCACUGCCAUAUGGUUUGGCCUACCAAGGUCACACCUGAUGAGCCCGAGCGGUCUGAUCUAUGUGCACUCGAGUACAUAUUUCGAGCCUUGGCCACGACCAAAGUAGUGGACGAGCGUUCUGGCCCAGCACCUGAAGAAGAAGCCACUGGAUUAUCACGCCAGCACCAUGAUAUACUUGAAGUCCUCUAUUCAGUUCAGCCAGUCAUGAACUUUCUUACCUGGCAGCUGGGACCCAAUGAAUUGAUCCCGACAGCUCUGAUGUUAUCUCCUCCCCCUCCCCCAGAGCUGUCUUCCCUCAACGUCCCGGCCGGAACGCUUAUUUCGCUCAUUGACCUUCUCAUUCCAGUCCUCGAUCAGGCCCGCGAAAACCCUCACCAUCAAAUUUUGAUAGGUAAGCUAAAGCCAGCUUAUGUUAAGUUGCAGAGCGUGGAGGCUAUAUCGUUUGACGACUUUACGGGCUGGAUGGGUACCCGUUAUGAGCUCAAUUUCUACACUGGUCUUUCUGUGCUUUUUCGUAUCUUCCCAUGA